AGUGUCUGGACUGAAUCGUUACAACAUCAGACCAACAUCGAUCUAUUGAUGUUUGAAACCCGGAAACAGAUGGAGAUGGCACUGGUGUUACUUUGAUGGAACUAGAACGCGACAUGAUGGAAUAUUCGCUAAACACUUGUGCAUAUUCGUAACGACAAUGAGCUGAAGCUACCGCGGCAUCAACAACACCGUUUCCCCACUACCUUCAGCCUUUGUAUUUUGUAAUGACGCGACGAUUCAGGAGGAGUAGUCCCAAACCGCCGCCGCGACCACCAAAGGAUCUGAAGGCGGCGGACAUGCGUCGCAAGGGGAAGCCACCACUUAUUCAGGAGUCAAAUCCGAUUCCAGAAGACCUGGAGUCUGGAAUCAUCCGCAACUGGAACUUAUCAACGCGGGACAUCAGCACUUGCGUUCCACCAGAACUCUGGCCACGCAAUGAGCCGGAUCCAAAGAAAUGGCAUAUCGACGUCAUCCAUCUUCUGCACGAAGCGUCUACGAUAAAAUGGAAAGAGAACGGCAAAGUAUCAUGUUCAAAUAACGAGUGGUUUUGUUCAAGCAUGAAACAUGAGAUCCGUUCGCGUCAACUCAGGAACAAGUCAGCCGAGGGCAAAGCGGCCUGGAUGACCGCAACGGACCUAAAGAAAGUGAUCAAGAAGCUACAUUUCAUGGCUAGGGAUGAAGAGGACGCUCGGGCUAAAGGGGAAGAGUGGAGAGAAGUUAAAGAAGAUCAAAAACCGAGUGUACGACGAGGUAGAUCAGGAGCCAACAACACCACAGCCACGCAAGACAAACCAGACGAGGCAAAUGGGACAGACUUCACUCAGCAAGAGACGACAAAAGCAGCACCACGUGGCCGAGACAGGCUGAAGAGAAAUGAACCAAAUGGGCGAGAGACGGUCAGACCAGGAACAAAGCGCCAAGCAUCUGAUCUCCCCAUCCGACCAGCCCGCAAGCUCCGCGGCGUCAAACUUCCAAAGACCAAGCCCAAGCCCGCUGCACCGCCCCCAGUUACACCAGCCAACCCUCUUGAAAACUCCGACGAAGAAGAAGAGGAAGACAGGGAGAAUGAACCCCCCGAGCCCGUGAGCGGGCGGCACAUUUAUGGCGACUUCAUCAAGCCAACUACGGUCGACUUCAAUGCCGAAAAUGAAGCUCCAGCGCAAGCACGAACGCGCCAGACGCGCAAACGCGGACGCGCUGACCAUGACAAGCCACCUACAGAAGUACAGAUCGACUCCGAUCCACGAGAUAUCGACGCCACGGGGUUUCUGUCCGAGCUUGAUCCAAAGGAGGCACGAAGAAGACGCAAGCCAAGAUUAUCCCGUCUACAGCAGGACCCCGUGUGGGAGCCAGCGUGGUCUCAAGAUGUGCCCGCACCGCCAGAGACGCCGUUGCUGGCACCGGCUACCGAUGUACCAGUAUCAGGAACGCCAGCCGCACCGCAAGCAGCGGGUCUGGCUGCGGUGUCUAGUCCGCCUGCGCAACCGAUGACCCACAGUAAGGAUGCUGCAAUCAAGUUGUUGCUAGAGUUGCUGCCGAUGAUACCGGAACACGCGACACCUGACGAGCGCAGUAUGCUUGAAGAUAGGGCGUCAAUGAUACAUAGGGACAUCAUUACAUACAAGACGGCGGUGUGGGAGAUCAAUGAGCGGAUGCAGGGGUAGCGGGGGUUACAUAACGUCCCUGUGCAGAGAUACACCACCACCAAACCACCUCGAACCUCCUCCUUUCGUGCAGAUCAUCUCUCGCCUAUAACAGCUUAUUCUUUGGCUGUUGCUCCCUGGUCUCCCGCACUGCAGCUAGAAAACUACAGCAGUUGUGGUCGUCCUGUUGAUUGUUACCUGCACCGCGUCGAGCAUAGUACUGGCUUUGCAUUUUCUGCACGUGAUUGUAGCCUGCGCUGAAUAACUCCAGUGACCUGGACGAACAA